AUGAGGAUUCUCCCCUUCCUGCUGUCCGCCGCUGCGGUGGUGUCCAGUGUCUGGGCAGACACUGGCGCCGAGAAGUACAACUAUCAGAGCGAUGUCGCCCGUAUGCGCAAGAUCGUCAUCAACAGCCUUUACUCCCACAAUGAGAUCUUCUUGCGAGAGCUGAUCUCCAACGCGAACGACGCUAUAGAGAAGCUGCGGUUGACCGCACUCACCAACAAGGACCUUCAAGUUACCGAACCUCUGAACAUCACCAUCGUUCCCGACCUUGAGAAGAAGACGCUGACCAUCACUGAUACCGGUAUCGGUAUGACUGCCGAUGAACUCAGGGAUAACCUGGGCACGCUCGCCAAGUCCGGCACCUCCGAGUUCCUCGCCAAAGCAGAGAGCACCGACACCACCGGCCGCGGCAACCUCAUCGGCGCCUUCGGUCUCGGCUUCUACUCUAGCUUCCUCGUCGCCGACAAGGUCGAGGUCGCCUCUCGCCCCCCGCCCUCUGCGAAGAACCCUAACCCCAAGCAGCACGUCUUCGCCUCCGCCGCCGACGACUCAUCCUUCGAAAUCUACCCCGACCCGCGCGAUGUCACUCUGGCGCACGGCACGGAGAUCACGCUGCAUCUGAAGGACGACGCGCUGGAGUAUCUGAAGCAUGAUAAGAUUGUGGAUCUGGUGCAGAAGCACUCUUCGUAUUCGUCUAGCUUCCCGAUUUUUUUGCAUCGGGUGCGCGUGGAGGAGGUGCCGGUCGAGGAGGAGGAUGAGCCGGUGCUGAAGGACCAGACGACGCCGGAGGACGAGGAUGAGGCUAUCUUGGAGGAUGAGGAGGUGAAGGAGCCCAAGACCCCCGAGACGAAGAUGGUCUCCGUCGAGGAGUGGAUCCACCUCAACUCUCAACAGCCGAUCUGGCAGAGGGACCCCAAGGAAAUCAGCGAUGAGGAGUACAAAGAGUUCUACAAGGCCUUCUUUAAGGACUCCGAGGAACCCAUGGCCUGGGAUCACUUUUCCGGCGAGGCAGGCUCCGGCGUCAACUUCAAAGCCAUCGUCUACCUCCCAAGCAAAAUCACCGAAGAAUUCUGGCAACAGCCCCUCGAAGCCCGCGGCAAGGACACCAAGCUCCUCGUCAAGCGCACCUUCAUCACCUCCGACUUCGGUGAACACGCCCUCCCCAAAUGGGCCUCCUGGGUCAAGGUCGUCGUCGACGCGGAGGACCUCCCCCUGAACGUCUCCCGCGAGACGCUCCAGCACUCGGUGUUCCUGCGCCAACUGCGGUCGAUCAUCCUCAAGCACAUCAUCGGCCUGUUCGCGAAGCGCGCGGCGAUCGAGGAUCACGAUAAUGAAGAGUUCAGGAAGUUCUACGAUACGUACGGGUCGAUCUUGAAGUUGGGGGCGGUGGAGGAUGCGAAGAAUCGGGAGAAGCUGGCCGCGCUGGUGCGGUUUACGACGAAUCAGAGGGAGUUUGUGAGCCUGGACGAUUACAUCGAGAACAAGCGGCAGGGCCAGAAGCAGAUCUUCUACCUCGCGGAGAUGGGUCGGCGCACGGAGGACCUGGCGAAGAGCGUCUUCGUUGAGAAGCUGCAUGCGCGUGGAUAUGAGGUGUUGUUGAUGGUGGAGCCGCUGGACGAGAUUCUUGUGCAGAACAUGCGGACCUACAACAAGCUCCGCUUCCAGGACGUGGCGAAGAGCGGGCUCAAGUUUGGCGACGAGGAGGACGAGGAGGAGGAGAAGGCGAAGCUCCAGGAACUCAAGGAGCGCUUCAAGCCGCUGACUGACUACCUGCGCCGCGAAGCCAGGGAUGCUGUCCGUGAUGUUGUCAUCACGAACCGCCUCGUCACCAGCCCCUGCGCCGUCGUCGCCGACAGCUUCGGCUACACCGCCAACAUCCAGCGCCUCAUGAGCGCCCAGGCCUCGCACGCGAAGGACAAAGACCCCAUGCUCGAGCUCGCCAUGAAGGCGAAAACGCUUGAGAUCAACCCGCGCUCGCCCCUCAUCGAGGGCCUCCUCCGGCGCGUCGAGGCGCUCGGGGACGAGCCUGACCCCGAGGAGGAGGAGGAGCUGCGGGAGGUCGCGUCCAUCCUCAUCGACGGCGCGCUCGUGCGCUCCGGCUUCGACGUGCCCGACUCGAACGAGUUCUUCAGCCGCGUGGACCGGGUGCUGAGGCGCUCGCUGGGGGUGUCGGAGAGCGCGCCGACGGACGAUAGCGUGAAGAGCGCGCCGCCGGUGGACCCGGAGCUGCCUGUCGAGGAGGAGCCCGAGUUCGAUAUGAGCAUGUUCGGGACGCCGAAGGUGAUGGGGGAGGAGGAUGGGGUGCCGGGGAUCCAGUUGCCUGAUGAGUUGAAGGACAAGGUGCAUAUCGAGAUGGAGGAGGUGGACGAAGAGGGGAACGUGGUGGAAAAGGCGCAGCAUGAUGAGCUGUAG